AUGGCACCCAGUAAAUUGUCGAAUGAUGCCCGAAAGAAGCUGGCAGCAAACUUGCAGGUUUUGCGGCGGUACGACGACCAAAUCGAUGCUAUCGUUGACACGACCAGCCACGUAGUUUUGUACCAGUUCGAGGAGUCGACCCAGUCGUGGGUAAGCAAACAAGGAGUUGAGGGCGCGCUUUUCGUUUACAAGAGGUCGUCGGCGCCGUACUACGGAUUUACGAUUUUGAACCGAGUGGGGCUGGAGAACUAUACGGAGCUUCUCAGCGCGGACAUGAGCUUUCAGGCGUCGGAUCAGAUUGCGAUAUAUACAUCGAAGAACGGCGGCGGCAUUGUUGGAAUCUGGAUUUAUGAGGAGACCGACAGAGUGCGGAUCCCCGAGCAGCUGAGC